AUCUCUGGCCUUAUGGGGCUGAAAGUGUCCCUCUUCCGGGGGCCUUUUGCCCUCUGGGAUUUCAGCUGCUUCAAUCCAGAGAUGAAGCUCUCCCAGAAGCUCCAAGGGAACAGAUACUUUCCAUUCCAGGUGCAGCAGCCCAAAGUGUUUGUGAUGGAGUACUACAAGGACAUGCUCUGGAAGGGAGCCUUGCUCUUCAUCACCUCUCUGGUGACCAGCAUCUUCUACUUCCGGACAGAAAUGGGCUCCCAGAACUUCUCCGGCUUCUUCAUCUACGGCAUCAUGAUCGGGCUGUGGCUCAUCGCCAGCAACAUGAACAAGCGGCGGCUGAUCAUCAACCACAACAAGGAGCGCUACCAGUUCUACAUCAAGGGCUGCCUCUGGCAGGAGGGGCCCUUGUACCAGAUCUACGUGCGCCUCGUGGCCCAGCGGGACGCCUACGGGAAACUCUUCUACAGCCUCAUUAUCAACGGAUACCGUUUGGAGGUGCUCUCCUUGGCCAAUCUCUCCAGCAAGUUUGAGCAAAUAGAUGUUCUGGGGCGCCGCAUUGCACGCAAUCUGAACCUCAACUACUUUGAUUAUGAAGAUAUCUCCACGCGCCAUGUCAUCCGGCACAGACCACCCGACAUCAAGGAAGAGGGGGAAGAUAUAGCUGAUGACCAGAACGUGUGA